CAACGUGUAGAAUGUUAUAACGUAUAACAAACACACCUUACCCGUGAAACGCGUCUUGAAAAAUCACGUUUCUUAUCCGCUUAUCAGCGUUGCAUCACUAGAUAUAUCCGUCCCUCUCUCCGGCGCCCGGGCCGCGUGCUAGAAGAAGAGGGAAGAUUAAUUUUCGGUGCGGUUAAUAAGUCGCGUUCAGUAUUCGUGUCACCUGACGCGCAGGCGGACGGCGCCCGGCAGCACGCCAUCGGGGCAGUAGUGAUGUGUGUGAUGUAAGUCGGCAUCGAUAGCAAACAUGAUGACUAUGGACGUCGGGAUGUACAACAACCAGAAUGGCUAUAACGCGGAGUACUACCAGCAGGGGGCGGGCUACCAGCCGCCGUACGAGGGCUACCACGAGGGCUACUACGAGCCGGCGCACUACUUCGAGCCGGCGCCGCAGCCGCCGCACGAGCCGGCGCCGGUCAUCAGCACGGACACGGGGCUCUGCUACACGAACCUGGACUACGGCGAGCUGCAGCAGAGCUACCCGAUACAGCCGCUCCCCCCACACCCGGACGCGUUCAAGCACAGAGAGGAACUCCCGCGGCACGACGAGAUGCUGCACGAGCACAAAAUAGACAACCACUACCUAGAGACAAAGUACAAUAUGCAUUUUGUGGAUGAUUCCAUGCAGUACAGCCACGGCUCGCCGCUGCCGUGCGGGGAGUUCGAGGUGCCGUACGUCCCCAAGGAGGAGUUCGGGGGGAUGAGGGAGUUCCCGCGGGAGGGGGAGAUGCACCACGUGGGCCACCAGCCGCACCCGCAGCACGCUGUGCCUACGUAUAAGUGGAUGCAAGUUAAAAGGAAUGUGCCUAAACCGUCAGCGCCAAAGCUGAUGAUACCUCCAGCGGACUUCGUGAACCAGGGCGUGCUGGGAAGUCCACAGGACGGAAUCCGCACCCCCACAGGCAGCCAGAUGCUGGCCAACCCCCUCCUCAACCUCAACAACACCGGCCGAACCAAUUUCACCAACAAACAGCUGACGGAACUAGAGAAAGAAUUCCAUUUCAACAAGUACCUCACGAGGGCGAGGAGGAUAGAGAUCGCGUCAGCCCUGCAGCUCAACGAGACUCAAGUCAAAAUAUGGUUUCAAAACAGAAGGAUGAAACAAAAGAAGAGGAUCAAGGAGGGCCUCAUAGUAGCGCCCGACGUGGCCGCGUCCACGUCGCACUCCGGCAUCGGCUCCAAUGAAAACAGUCGCGAAUCUAGUUAG